GCUUGCACCAUGCAUUCUUUCUGCCUCCCUCCCUUUCUCUCUCAUGCUUUUUUUUCACCCCCCUCUUUUACAUCUUAAAUGAGCAUAUAAACUUGUCCGUUUACAUCUGGAGCAAAACAAUUUACUAAGCAAACUGUGAAGGAUAAAGAAGAUCGGAUUUCAGCUUGAUGUACUUUGGACAGCCAUCAAGAUCUUUUAAAGGAAAAGAAGAGCGACAACAACAAGAGUCAAAAAUCUUACUUCAAAAGAAAAAAGGAUUUUCACUUGCAUUAAACUGCAUUUGACACCAGUGCAAAAGCACAAUGAACUCUACAAUGCUUUUAUAUAAUCUACAGGAAAGAUAUGCAGAUGCUUUUGCAAAAAAUUUUACCAUCGUUUUGCUUGCAGUCAUAAUUAUCUCCAUUAAUGGAGUGUUUGUUCUCAUUUUUUUUAGGAGUUCAAUUUUCUACAAUGAUCCGAGAUAUAUUUUAUAUAUUCACUUGGUUAUCAAUGAUAUGCUCAUGGUUUGCUUCAGUGUAAUUCUUUUUGUGAUGACUUUUGCAUGGCAAACUGUACCUCUUCCAUUCUGUGUUAUACUGCUAAUAAUAGCAGCGACAACUCAUAAGAACACUCCUCUGACUUUGGCCGGUAUGGCAGUUGAGCGUUACAUCGCCAUCUGCAAACCACUGCAUCACCAUCAGAUUUGCACAGUGCGCAGGACCUACAUCCUUAUCACUCUGAUAUGGGGUGUAGGAGUUAUACCUGGAUUGGCUGACUUGAUUCUCCUUUCAAUUGUUCGUCCUUUAUCUAUCUUAACAACAGGUACUUUCUGUAGUUCGGCAGUUCUUUAUAACACAGUGUAUAAUGGAGAACUAACCAAAUUUAUGAAUGGGCUAUAUACAUCUGUUGUGUGGGUAAUUCUUUUAUUCACGUAUUGUCGAGUGCUGAUUGCGGCCAGAAGGGCCUCCACUGAUAAAUCCUCAGCAAAAAAGGCCCAAAACACCAUCCUGUUACAUGGAGCACAGCUUCUGCUCUGUAUGCUGUCCUACAUUACUGCUGUCAUAGACAAGAUGUUUGUCCCACUUGCACCAGUCGAUCGGGCAAGACUAACCUUUUUAAAUUAUCUUCUAACAAACAUAUUGCCACGACUGCUUACUCCCCUGAUUUAUGGUGUUCGCGAUAAGCAUUUUUACAAACACAUGAAGGCACUUUUUUCAUGCAGAUUAUUCUUUGUAAAAAUUGAAUCAAUCAAACAAUGAGCAAAAAAGGCAACAUUACUCCUGUGUUAGACAAAAUUUUCUUCUACUUGUAACUGAUCAGCAGAAAUAAAUUGUCUUCUUCAAUUAUCUUAUUACAAACAUUGUACCAAGACUUCUUACACCACUGAUUUAUGGUGUUCAGGAUAAACAUUUUUAGAAUCAUGUUAAGGAACUUUUUUCAUGUAAAUUACCUAUUGUAAAUUUUGACACAACCAAAGAAUGAGCAAAAAUGACUUUUGCUGGUUUGUUUUCUUUUUUUUUUUUUAAUUCUGCAUUUUAGAUAGACCAAUUUACUGAUAAUAUCCAUCUUUAUUAAUGCUUAAAUACUGUAUGUAAAAUUGCAUUAAGCCUGUAGCUCAGCUAGUAGAGUGUGAUUAUUAUGAUUACAGGGGCAAAUUAUUGAUUAAUAAAGACUUAAGAUUUUUAAACUAAUAUAUUUUGACAUUUGCAUCACAUAACCAGUUUCAUAUGUAUGGCUUCUAUAAUAAGCUCAGUAGGUCACUUGGUACAGCAUUGCACUUGUGAUCCAGAACGCUUGUGUACGAUAUCUGAGUCAUGAAAAAAAGCUCAAAGACUUGUAAAAGCAAAUGCUAUUUUUCUCACAUUUACUUUUGUUUACACUGUUGGUUAGGUUAGGUUUAUGGUAUGGUUAGUGUA